AUGGCUUCUAAUCCUUGGUGGCCCUCGUCUUCGGAUGACGAAGAGGAGAUGUUUUUCGCAAAUGCUGUGCUACGGGCGGGGCAGAUUCUAAUUGAAGAGGAAGAGGAAGACUUCUCGAGCGCACGAGAAAUUGGUGAACGAUUUUUUUCGGAUGAACCACUUUACAACGCCGACAUUUUCAGGCGCAGGUUCCGGAUGAGUCGCCGCUUAUUCACACGGAUUGCUAAUGAUUUGGCGGGGCUAGACCCGUUUUUCACGCAACGACCUGAUGCUCAAAAUUAUGAAGGGUUCACCACGCUACAAAAGUGUACUGCGGCCAUUCGCCAACUGGCGUACGGGACAGUGGCCGACGCUUUGGACGAGUACUUACAGAUGUCGGCAAGAACUACGCGGGAAUGUUUGUAUCGGUUUUGCCAUAAUGUGGUGAAACUGUAUAGCAAAAACUAUUUGCGGAAACCAAACGCGUAUGAUGUUCAACAGUUGUACCAAGCUCAUGAAGCAAGGCACAGGUUUCCGGGAAUGCUUGGUAGCAUUGAUUCCGUGGCAUCACAAGAUUUGUGGAUAUGGCAUUCUUUCUUUGGUCUCCCUAGUUCACUCAACGACCUCAACGUGUUAUACCAAUCGGCGAUCUUUACCGAUGUCGUUAAUGGAACCGGCCCGGACACACGUUUUACAGUUUCCGGGGUUGAGUAUAGACGUGGGCAUUAUCUUGCUGACGGGAUAUAUCCGUCUUGCUCUACAAUUGUAAAGACUAUUUCAUAUCCCGAGGACGAAAAAAGGAAAAAAUUCGCCAAGCGUCAAGAAGCUGCAAGAAAAGACAUCGAACGUGCUUUUGACGAAGGUCGGGCGAUUUGUGAGUAUGAUGAGAAUGCAUCUUACGGGAACACUGUCCCGGUUGAUCCGCCACAACAAGAUUUAAACUCGUUCUCGCUAACCAACGACUUCACGCAUGCAAACCUUCAACAGGAUUUGGUAGAACAUAUUUGGAACAACGUUAACAUCGGGGACGGUGACAGAGACGAAGACGAAGACGAGUAG